AGCUUUGUUCCAUUGCUGGUGAGGAGCUGCAUUCCUUUGGAGGAGAAGAGGUGCUCUGAUUUUUAGAAUUUUCAACUUUUCUGCUCUGGUUUCUCCCCAUCUUUGUGGUUUUAUCUACCUUUGGUCUUUGAUGAUGGUGGUGUACAGAUGGGAUUUUGGUGUGGAUGUCCUUUCUGUUUGUUAGUUUUCCUUGUAACAGUUAGGACCCUCAGCUGCAGGUCUGUUGGAGUUUGCUGGAGGUCCACUCCAGACCCUGUUUCCCUGGGUAUCACCAGCAGAGGCUGUAGAAUAGCAAAUAUUGCAGAACGGCAGAUGUUGCCGCCUGAUCCUUCCUCUGGAAGCUUUGUCUCAGAGGGGCACCUAGCUGUAUGAGUUGCCAGUCAGCCCCUACUGGGAAUUGUCUCCCAGUUAGGCUACUUGGGAGUCAGGGACCCAUUUGAGGAGGCAGUCUGUCCAUUCUCAGAUCUCAAAAUCCAUGCUGGGAAAACCACUACACUCUUCCAUGCUGUCAGAUGGGGACGUUUAAGUCUGCAGAAGUUUCUGCUGCCUUUUGUUCAGCUAUGUCCUGCCCCCAGAAGUGGAGUCUAUAGAGGCAGCAAGCCUUGUGGUGCUGUGGUGGGCUCCACCCAGUUCAAGCUUCCUGGCCACUUUGUUUCCCUACUCAAGCCUCAGCAACGGUGGACAGCUAUCCUCCUGCUGGGCUGCUGCCUCACAGAUCAAUCUCAGACUGCCAUACUAGCAGUGAGCAAGGCUCCAUGGGUGUGGGACAUGCUGAGCCAGGCAUGGGAUACAAUCUUCUGGUGUGCCGUUUGCUAGGACAGUUGGAAAAUCACAGUAUUUGUGCAGGAGUGUCCUGUUUUUCCAGGUACAGUCUGUCAUGUGUUCCUUUGGCUAGGAAAGGGAAAUCCCCCAACCCCUUAUGCUUCCAGGGUGAAGCAAUGCCCUGCCCUGCUUAAGCUUGCCCUGCGUGGGUUGCACCCACUGUCUAACCAGUCCCAGUGAGAUGAACCAGGUACCUCAGUUGGAAAUGCAGAAAUCUCCCGUCUUCUGCAUUGAUCACACUGGGAGCUGCAGACUGGAGCUGUUCCUAUUUGCCCGUCUUCUCCCUGCUUUCUUUACAUCUGAGGUUGGACACCCCCAUAGGAUCCUGCAAUCUUUCUGCCCCAAAAAACUGCUAUAGCAGGAGGGAACCUGUUCCUGCCCACCCUUUGUCUACUCCUUCUCCUCCUAGAGAGCCUGACCAUGCCCUAGUUUUCUGAGGAGUGAUUGAUAUUCUAGGGUGCUGGGCAGGAUGAGGAAACUCAGGCUCAGAGAGGGGUUUCCAUCUAAUCUGCCUGGAAACCAUGUGUAGCUACCCAAUAAGGUCUUUCCAUGUUCAGAAGGUCACGGACCAGGGUUGUAGGAGUAGGAGAUUUGUAGAGAUAGUUUGGAGCCCUGUACUUAGAGCAGAGGGGUGUGUUUUCCAUGGAGAGUGUGUGUGGGCAGCUGUGUGUGAGCCUGUGUGGGCUCUGUGUGUUCCUGUGUGAAUAUAUGUGUGUGCUCCUUCAUGGACACAGCAUGCAUGUAGUGGGCACAGCGAGGCAAGAGAAAUCAGGAGACUAAGGACACAUUGCCAAGUGAUAAUAUCUUUCUACUGGGCAGGACUUGGGGUGUGCAAAGGCGUGCAUGAGUACUGCAGAAGCAGUUCAAAGAGCAGAGAGGUGGGGCCAGAAUAAAUAUGUUGCAGAAAGACAGUCAUCAAGGAGGAAAGUGAGGAUUCUGACCAAAAUGCCUGAGGGUUUCCCUGCCUACCACAGCCCUCUGUGUUCUUAAAUCCUCCUGUGUCAACAGAGGCCAGAAUCUGGGUUCCCCCACAGCCUGUCUGUGUCUGUCCUCUGCAAAGCCAUGUGGCUCUACCUGGCAGUCUUCGUGGGCCUGUACUACCUUCUGCACUGGUACCGGGAGAGGCAGGUGCUGAGCCACCUGAGAGAUAGGUAUGUGUUCAUCACGGGCUGUGACUCUGGCUUCGGGAAACUGCUGGCCAGACAGCUGGACGCACGAGGCUUGCGGGUGCUGGCUGCGUGUCUGACGGAGAAAGGAGCUGAGCUGCUGAGGGACCAGACUUCAGACAGGCUGGAGACGGUGACCCUGGAUGUCACCAAGACAGAGAGUAUUGCUGCAGCCGCCCAAUGGGUGAAGGAACGCGUGGGGGACAGAGGACUCUGGGGCCUGGUGAAUAAUGCUGGCAUCUCCUUGCCCACGGCCCCCAAUGAGUUCCUGACCAAGCAGGACUUUGUGACCAUAUUGGACGUGAACUUGUUGGGGGUGAUCGACGUGACUCUGAGCCUGCUGCCCUUAGUGAGGAAGGCCAAGGGCCGUGUGGUCAACGUCUCCAGUAUCUGUGGCCGGGUGUCACUUUUUGGUGGAGGCUAUUGCAUCUCCAAGUAUGGCGUGGAAGCCUUCUCCGACUCCCUCAGGAGGGAACUCUCCUACUUUGGGGUGAAGGUGGCUAUGAUUGAGCCUGGCUAUUUCAAGACUGCUGUGACCAGUAAAGAGAGAUUCUUAAAGAGCUUCCUGGAGGUUUGGGACCGGUCCAGUCCAGAGGUCAAGCAGAUCUACGGCGAGAAGUUUGUUGCAUCCUAUAAGAAAUCAGCUGAACAAAUGGAGCAGACUUGCACACAGGAUUUGUCCUUGGUGACCAACUGCAUGGAGCAUGCGCUGAUUGCCUGCCACCCCCGCACUCGCUACUCAGCUGGCUGGGAUGCCAAGCUUCUCUACCUCCCCAUGAGCUACAUGCCCACCUUCCUGGUGGAUGCCAUUAUCUACUGGGGUUCUCCAAGCCCGGCCAAGGCUCUAUGAAGCCAAGGAUCAGGUGCAUGGUUGCAUGGAUUUGGGGUGUGCUAUGAGGGUGAUGUAUCCUUGGGAGAGAAAUAAAGUAGAGGGAGAAUGCUGUCAGGUCAGUAGGACACCGAUCUCACCUCCUUCAUUACCUCCUGGCCAUGAUUCUUCUGAGAGAUAAUUUUGCUCUCUGGAGAUGUCGGUAGAAAAGUUUCAAGUUAAGCAGCUGAGAAACAGGAACCAAAUAGUGCUCCUGGGUGCAUUGUCACCUUAGGUGGCCACUCAAGGGUCCAAGCCUCUUGUGCUAACAACUGGGGUGGGUGUGAGCAGGUGGAAGGAGCCUCAGCCCAUGCUAUUACCUCCUGCUUCCUUAUCAGGCUGUGUGUUAAUUCUGGGCCAGUCUGGGCCAUGGGGUGGAAAUGGCUUGGGAGACGUGAGGGGACCCCUUCUCUGAAGAUCCCUGUAUACAUGGUGUUGGGAACGGUAGCGCAACCAUUACAUGGCCCCAUAGACCUCACUAGUCAUCCCAGCAGCAGUGGCUGGAAGGUGGUGUCCUCAGUAGGGAUCUGUGCAAAGGACAAAUAAGUUUUUGAUUUGUCUUGAAA